AUGAAGGAGUGGGACAAUGCUUCUGUCCUACGCCCGUGUGCUGUCAUUUUUUCUGUUCAAUUGCUCCAGUGUGGCUCAAAAAACCCUAAUUCUGUAUAUUUUUCUACACUGUACCACUCCUCCAAUGUGGCUUGCUCCUUUACCCCUGGCUUUGUGGUACAGACCAGCGACAUGCAGUCAGUAACUGUAUCAUGCCAUUCUAAUUACAUGGAUGUUCAUGUAGCUCUUGGUUAUCUUAAUUCUCUGGGAUAUUCUGAAAGUGAAAUUUUUUUGAACGAUCCACAGUGUCGCCCUACCACUGUAUCAGGCUGGCUGCAAUAUCACAUCCCUUAUCAGCAAUGUUUAACUGUCAAGCAGGUCGAAAAUGACACUAUUAAUUACUCCAAUACUCUGUCUACCUACUCAGAGGACUUUGUAGUGAUCUACAGAAAUAAGUUAAAUCUAUCUGUGAAAUGUCGGCUGUAUCGAGACACGGUAGUGGAAGGGAUGUACUAUGCUGAUGAUACAGUUAAGAACACUGUACUGCAAUAUGGCUUGUUUUCCGCCAACCUGACAUUCUUUCAGACUUCAAAUUUUAUACAACCGGUUAAUGACUAUCCAUACCAUGUGAGGCUCAACCAGCAUUUGUUUCUGCAAGCCUCCUUAAUUGCAUCUGAUCCUGACUUGGCCCUUUUUGUAGAUACAUGUGUUGCAUCUCCUGAUGAGUAUAACUUUAAUGGAAGCGUUUACUAUAUUGUUUACAAAGGGUGCAGCAGAGUUCCUGAUUAUAGAAUAUAUCCUUCCUCUGUAAGCAGCAAAGUCCGGUUUGGAUUUAGUGCCUUCAGCUUUCUGAAGAAACAUGCCAGAGUCUACAUCCAGUGCAGGUUGACGGUGUGUCGUAGGGGCAGCCAAAGCUCACACUGUAGUCAGGACUGUGUUCCAAGACGGAAGAGAGCUGCUGAACCUCACCACCACGAGGAGGUGCAUGUUGUUGUUGGACCUGUUGAAGCAGUAGAUGGCUAA